ACAUUUUUAGCUAUGUUUAUAGCAAGAACUCCUUCACUGCCUUUGGGAACAGCAGUGGAUUUACAGAGAAAAGCUACGUGAAAGUUUCUUCUUGUGGUUGUGAUACACCCGUAUGUGGAAAUAGUGCUUACAGUUCUAAACUAUCAUCAUAAAUUAAAAGAGCUAACUCUGCAAAAGACAAAAAUGAAUAAAUACUGGAGGGGAUGAAACUUAGGAAAACGGUGAAACCAAGAGCACAAUAAAUGGCAUUAAUAUGCAGAAACCUAGAGGUUACAACUUAAAUUUCAAGAAAUCUUUCCAUCAAUAUCUGGACACAUUGUUUUCAUCCAAAACAUUAGGAAAUUUAAAGCCAGAUAGGAAAAAAUUCUGCAAAUGGGAACAAUCUUACCUUGACACAUUACUUAAUGUCUUUUUUCAUCCUGAAAUUCUGCAACUGGAAAAAAAUACACUGGUUAAUAUAUCAACCUUUAAUCCCAAAACAAUGUUAAAUAGCAGCCAGCUAUGCUAGAUAUUUCAGCUGUAGAAAACUCUAGCUCUCACCGGGAAAUACUGAACAUCUGGCUGGCUACUGAUGUUCAUUACUAAUCAAUCUUGAUAUAAUAGAGAAAUUCUAGAGGACUGGAAAAAACUAUUGUUGUAAAGGCAGUUAUUCAGCAAGAGGAGUAGCCUGCCCACCCUCUUCAGAUCACCAGAAACACAUGUUUGAGAUGCUCUCUGUGGGACGUGUGGGUCUGACUACCCUGAGACAGAAGCCCUCCAAAUCUUGAUAUGCCGUCUUCAAGUCCCCUCAAGUUCUGCAGGAUCCUUUCUGACAGCAGCUGACUAGAACUACAUACAGCAUUCCAGAGCGGAAAUCAUGGUUAUGCUGAAGAUUUCAUCUUUCCUUGCUGUUUAUGCCUUGGUUGUGUGCCAGAUGGACAGCUUCCAGGCAGCCCCAGUCAGACCUGGCUUGGAGUCCGUAACAGAUCGAGUGACGCUCAGUGAUUACGAAGCUCGGAGGUUAUUAAAUGCGCUGGUGAAAGAGUUCAUACAGAUGACAGCGGAAGAGCUGGAGCAAGCCUCUGAGGGGAACAGCCUGGAUAGACCUAUUUCCAAACGCUGUGCCAGUCUGAGUACUUGUGUGCUGGGCAAACUGUCUCAAGAAUUGCACAAAUUGCAAACUUACCCUCGCACUGACGUCGGGGCUGGAACUCCUGGCAAGAAACGAAAUGUGCUGAGUGACGUGGAACACGCGCGCUAUGCAAACUAUGGGGAACCCCUAGGAAACAACUAGACAUGCUUAUUUCUCCCCUUUUCCCUUUUUUAACCUGAUGCAUGUGGAUCUAACGUUGAUUGCUAACUUUGCUAUGUUCUUUUGAUUCUGUUUUCGACAGAGAAUGUUUGAGAUGGACCCAGUGUUAGGAAGACAGAGAACAUAACAUGCCUACCAAGCUAGGGGAAAAAAUAAAUAAAUAAAAAUGAACAGCACUGCCUUGAGAUUUCAAAUGAUUUUCUUAGACACUGAUUAAAAAUCUAAACAAGGCUUUUCAUUUCUGGCUGCUAAAUGUACCAGUAGACUCAUCUUCUGUGCCUGCCUGUGCACUUGUUCAAUAAACCUAUUUUUCUAUAAGGAUUUAGAUCUGCUUGGCUUAA